GCUAAGGUUGCCUGUCUUGGCGCUCAGCAGCCUUCCCAAUCGGGCAAAGGAGACUUCUCCCUCUCCGCAGCCAAACCUCCGACUACCUAUCCCCAGUCACUCUCCCUCCGGCCACAGCUCGGAAUACCUCUCCUGCUAUUAUUCCUUUUUCUCUCUGUCGAAUUGCAUUGUAUUUUGUAUUCUUUGAAGCCUCCUCUCCGUUCAUCCGGUUUUGUCAGAAUAUGUUUUUAUAGAUUGCAUUUCGCGGGAUUCGUCAUCGGCUUAAUACCGUGAAUUCACCAUGGAAUUGUCGCGACAGGACUAUCCGGCCAUUGUGGCCUCGUUAACCCCUACCCAAGCUUCAGCCGUCCUUACCGAACGCAUACGAUUAAUUAGCAAGAUAAACUCAGAUAUCGCGGACUGGCUUUCGGAACGACGACGGGUGGAAGACGCAUAUUUUUUGGGCCUUCGUAGGCUCGCACGACGGCAAUCGCAGGAUGCAUCCGCAGCAUUGGGGGUCUUUCAAACACCAUGGCAACGCAUCCUCACUGCCACGGAAUCAUUAGCGGAAUCCCAUGAAACCCUUUCGCACGGGAUCGAGGCGGACGUUGAACGGCCUUUGAAGGAAUAUGCUACUAGGAAUAACGAUAUGCAAUCCAUCUCAACGAUGCAACAGGAUUUGGCGAAUCUGGCAAAGGAGCUUGAGUCUGCGAAGAAGAAGGCCGACAAAUUAAAAGAUAAAGGCCCAAAGGCUGCGGCGAAAACAUCCAGUGCCGUUUUAGCUGCGCAGGAGGUGGCGCAACAAUGGGAAUCGAGGGCACCUUUCGUUUUUGAACAGCUUCAGGCUGUCGAUGAGCACCGCCUGAACCACCUCAGAGAUGUUCUCACCCAGUUCCAGACUCACGAGGCAGAUCACAUCGAAAGAACUAGACGAUAUACUGAAAGUUGCCUUAAUGCGCUAUUAAACGUUCAGACCGACGAAGAGAUUACAGCGUUUACUACGAAGGUAACAGGCGGCAGGGCUCCUGUCUCGAGAACAACAACGACGGAUGCUGCAGCGACAACCUUACCCCCUUCGUCAGGCCAAAUUCCAGCUGCCACUGGAGAACCUUUACGUCCCCCACCUAGAAUCCAUGACGAUGCGGCUAGCCAGCGUUCCGGUCGAUCGAACAAGGGCAGACUUGGUGCUGCACCCGAGCCGGUCGGGCACAUGAGGCUUGGUGGCCUGAAACGGUUGGGUACUGUCAUGGGCCGAAGAAAGAGUAUUGUACAUCAUUCAACUGGGAACUCAGGUUCUCCGGAGAGGAAAUUCCGGUCCCCAUUCACCGCGUUCCGAAAGUCGGAGUCAACUCGAAACUUCCAGCAAGUUGAAAUGCAACAUAACCCCAGCGAUUAUCUGGCGCCAAUUACCUCCAGGGAUGAUCUGUCGCUUCGCCGCCCUGCUUCCUCGCCUAGAGAGACAGCCCGCAGCGACUCGAUUUCAGCAUCGCAUCAACGACCAACGACUCCCAACGGUGCUGGUGUUCCUGAAGAGAGUUCUAUCCCAGAGACUACUGGGAAACAUGGCAACUCCAUGGAGCAAGCUCCGGCUACAGCCCAACCACCUAGAAUAGAUGCUGAGGGAUAUUCCGAGCGGCCGGCUAAUCUUGACGAAAUAACGCGACUUCAAAAAGAAGCUGCUGCUGCUGCCGAAGAGCCCGGUCUAAACCUCACUAUUCGUGACCAACCUAUCGAGGAGGACGAGGGUGAAGCGAAAAUGGCUUUGAACGAGGUGGCGAACACCUUGCGAUUGAAAGCACAACAAUCCGGCCUAUCUCGUGGGGUUGGAACGUUGCGUGGACGCCGAGAGGUUAGGAACACCAUUUUCGUCCCGAAUCCACCCAGCGAAGAUUCAAGCUUGAGCCCACUUCCCGGUCUAGUUGCGGGACCACCACCCGUUUCCCCAUCGCACGUUCCCAAGAUGGUCGCAUCUCCUCCUAGUAGUCACGAUGACCACGCUUUGUCGGAUACAACGUCCAUCCAUUCGUCACAAACCCUUCAUAGUCUGUCAGGACCUGUUUCACACCCUGAUAUGCCCGAGCCUGGCCUUAAUGCAUCCAUUGUGGAAACGGUCAAUGCCUGGUUCUCUGAUGGCGCUGUUACCCGCUCCUUCGUUGUUGGAGAACUGGCUCUGGCGUAUAACUCGACCACGAGCCCCCCUUCGGAUCCUGAGCUUGUCCGCCUAAAUAAUUUCGACUUAUUAGAAAAAGUCGCGGCAAAUCCUAUCCUCGCCACAGAAGCCGGACACUCCUUGAAAGGCAAGGAGAAGGAAAAUGGCUCCGGUAACGAGGAAAGGAAGGGGGAAUAUCUAAUCUCGCUUCCCAGUAUCGCACGAUCCACUCCCACGGUUGCUUUCAAAUAUCAAAUACAUCUCAAUCCUUCUAACUUCUCGGCCUAUUGCCCUAUUAUAUUUAACCCUGUUUGGAAUUUGGAAGAAUUCCAAGCCAGCGUUAUCAUUACUUAUUCAAUAAACCCCAACUUCAUUUCUGCAGAGUCAUCCACACCUAUCACACUUAAGAAUCUCGUGCUCACCGUCAACCUGGACCUAUCCCCACAAGAAGACGAAACCACCAAGCAGCCUCGCGAAGUUGCUCGCGCCACGGGAGCAGUCAUGUAUCCCAACACUGGCGCUACGUUCCGCCGCAAAACAUCAGCCGUCACAUGGAGAAUGUCAGAGUUGGAAGUAACCACGGCAGGCGACCAACGGUUCCUCGCUCGAUUUUCAACAACGGUGAGCGGACCCCGCAAGGGGAGAGUCGAUGCCAAGUUCGACGUCCUGAAUGCCAACAGCGGAGACAGGCUGGGUAUCAGCGUUCAGACUUCUGGCCAUAAGCAGGACAAGAAGGCCGAUGACCCGUUUGCUGAUGAGUCUCUGGCGACGGGUAAUGGGACGACGGAAUCACCAGAACCCAGCCCCGCAUCGAAGACAUGGGAAGAAGUCUCUACACGACGAAUACUAACGGUGGGGCGAUAUAUCUCUUUCGGAUGAAUUUCCUUAUUUCUCCCUUCCUUUCUCUAUUUUCCCCUUCUUCAAGUAUGAUAUGUUCCUUUACCACCGAAUAAUGUGGAAAUUUUUGUAUUCUUAUUCUGGCAGGCGGGGAGAAGAUUGCGGUAACGGAUGGAUAUAUUGAGGCGGAAACAAAAUGAAUAUUUCCCCUCAUAGCCUCUUCUUUUGUUUGCUAUUAACACUGCUCUUUCUUUUUCUUUUCCUUCCUUGCUUCUACUUUCCAGCUUAGAACAAGACACCACUUUCACUUUUCUGGGUUUUCUUUUUGUUUUCUUUUCUUUUUUUUUUUUUUUUUGUCUCUGCUUUUCACUCUCUUACUUCUUGAAGAAUAAAGAUUUCCCACUCAUAACUAAAUUUGGGUAACUUAAUUCAAUUGCGAAGACUGCCCUGCUUCUCCCUGAAUACCUUCUCCUUUUUCAGUGGCGUCCCUAACACCCUUUCUUAAUAAUGCAGUUCCUGUGGUUUUCCCUCAUCUAUUUUAUCAUUCUUGUCAACAUUUAUUAAACUCAUUAUUGUUCUUAUUCAUUCAAGCACUCUUUAUGCCCCGGUGGCCGAAUGGUUAAUGCGGCCACCUGGUAGCGCCUUGGUGUGGGAAACCAAGGCGUGUGGGUUCGAAACCCGCAGGGGAUACAUUAAAUCCGGAACCCAAGCACCUCAGGUUCCUAAUAAAUACAGAGGUGUACAAAUCGCUUCAAUGAAUCGCUCUAUGUUCCUGGGCUGGGAAGUUAUUAUCGCAUGUAUCUAAUUGUCACUCCUUUGUAUUUUCCUAUGUUCUUGUUAUCUUGGCGUGGUCUCAACACCUGUAUUUCCUCCUGUAUAACCAACACUUGACCUGUAUUUAACAUCACGCAAGGACUCAUCAUAAGCUCCGCUUGCAUAUGAGUAUAAUGAAAGAAUAAUAAUAAUAAUAAUAAUA